AACACUAUGUUUGUGUGGGGGCAGCCCCACCGCUUGCAGUGCAGCAGGUUAGCUGGGCUGGAGCAGCCACCUCAGUCUUUUCUCCUUCAGUUCCUCUGCACCACAGAUUACUUCUCGAGCUCAUAUUUAACUCUUGUUCAGCUCUUCUCUGAACUCCACCAAUUUACGUCAUUCUGUCUUCACAGAUAGUCCUUGGUGACUUUUCAUUUUUUCCGUAUACCAUCUUUGGAUGUUGUUUCCUUUCUGAUGUGUGGGUUCUGCUGUGUAUAGCUAAACUAUUUCCUUCAGUGUACUGUGAUGUUACUUCAUGCAAACUCUACCAUAAGCAUCAAAAUAAGCUUAUUGUUUAGGAAGACUAGAACUUUGUCUUAUACAGUUUUCUUACUCCGUGUAGACAAGUCCCAAGACUUCCUUUCCUGCUGCUCUUUUCAGUAAGUGCAUUAGAAACUUUUAACUUGCGUGUUGUGAUGGCACGUAGAGACACCAGUCAGAGAGUGGAACCCCAUUGUACUGAGUGCUCUGCAGGGGUCAUGGCUGAAGUACCUUCCAUCUGGACAGCUACUCAAGAUUAGCAGACAGUGCUUUAGUAUAGUUCAGGAACCAGGCGCAGCACUUCUCAUGGUGAAGCAGCAAAGAGGGAUGAUACAAAAUGUCAGUACUGUUUGAGCCCACGUUCCAGUUCACAAGUUUACCUUUACAGGUGUCUGUUUUACCGUAGGGACACUAACAUCUCAUACAGGACACGUUACUGAGUCAGCCGAGCACAUGUGCAUUCUUCAUGCAUCAAUUUGUUUUCAUUCACAGACUCCCCGAAGAAUCAUGGCAGUCAAGUGGCGGGAUGGACAUUCCUCUUCUGUACUGUGCUUGAAUGUAAACAAAGACGGUCUGGUGGCUUCUGGAGCAGAGAGAGGAGAACUCUCAAUGUGGAACGAGGAAGGGAUUCAUUUAGAACAGAUACAGCUCCCAAGGGCAGAUGAUGUCACCUGUGUUGUGUUCUCUCCCACCUGCCCCAGCAGGCUGUACACCUCCCACGGCGAAACCAUUAGCGUGCUGGAUGUCAGAUUCCUUAAAGGGCCAGCUGAAUGCUUCCAUCUGAAUGAGGAAGAGAUCAAUUGCCUCUCAGUGAAUGAGACUGACAGUGUCCUGGCUGCUGCAGAUGACUCUGGGGCGAUAAAAAUUGUGGACUUGGAAAAUAAGAAAGUCAGCCGGUCCUUGAGGAGGCAUUCAAACAUCUGCUCCUCUGUUGCCUUUCGGCCUCAGCGCCCUCAAAGCCUUGUGUCUUGUGGACUGGACAUGAAGGUUAUGUUGUGGAACCUGCAGAAAGCUCGCCCACUGUGGACCACGACCCUGCAGGAGACCGAAGCAGAGGAAGUGGGACAACAAUCAGCUGGCCAGUUCUUUAACCCUCCCCUCGCCCAUUCUCUGUCUGUUGCAGCAUGCGGUAAUGUCUUUAGUUGUGGAGCUGAAGAUGGUAAAAUCAGGAUCUUCCGAGUAACAGGGGUCAAGUUUGAACAGGAGCUGGGGUUUAAGGCUCACACGCUGGGCGUGUCUCAGGUCCUCUUUUUGCCAGAUGUAUAUUGGCUGCUUUCUGGAGGAAAUGAUGGAAGGGUGUUACUGUGGGAUGUCGGCAGUGAAGCCGGGAAGCAAUUGAAGAGUCCUGUGAAAUCCAUCCACCGGAGGAAGGCCAGAACAUCAGCUUCCCCCAAGAGAGGUGGAGAGCCCAACACCAUGGUUACAAAUGAACAUGCCCGAGUUUUACCAAAACUAAGCAUAGAACAUGGAGAGAAGGUGAACUGGAUUUCAUACACAGCGAUCAAAGGCUUGAGGAGGGUAUUAGUUGCGGACCAGAGCAGCUGUAUAUCUGUAUACCCUCUGAAUGCGACCUAGACACACACUGUUUAAGGAAGUCUUGGCAAGCAGCUAGUGGUUUUUUUUAAUUUUUGCGAGCUGGCCUCUGUGGUUCCUUACAGAACACUCUCCUCUUGGUUCCCAUGGAGAGUAAUCUUCCUGUUGCUUAAAUAAUCCCCAGCUCUUCUGCACGUUUAGAAGUGGCCUGGAAUUUGCUGUGGCACGUUAUGCACAUAAAUAACAUCACUCCCUAUUUCAGUAGGGGAGCUUCUUCACUUCCUUAUCUCCUUGUGGGAUUGGAAGAAGGUGCAUUUUGAAUAUAGGUGUGACUUGGUUGGAAAUGGACCGAGAGGACUUGCAGACACUGAGGCAGCCUCAUGCUACAGGUUGUAACAUUUUAUGUUUCAGUCUGCAAACAUUGUGAGAGAGAUGGUAUUCAGUCGGGAAGAAAAUAAAUCAGUGGGCAUGGUAAGCUUUGCUGAAAGCACAAUUGACAGGAGUCCUCCAAACUCCCUGCACUAGAACAACAUAAUUUAUUUUCCUGCUUUGCUUCGUUACCUCUCUAAUGCUUUGCUUUCCCCAUUUCAAACUUUCUGGUAGUUUAGGCCUAAAUGGGACAUAAUCUGUUCUCUAAGAUGCAGCACCUGAAAACGUGGGGUGCAAGCAUGUUUGAACUAUUUCUAAUUUAAUAUAAUGAAGAUUACUGAAGUGAGUUAAAUAGAUUUAAAGCUCAUCAAAGUGGGAUUUUCAGACAAACAAAAUGGUGGGACAUUUAUUUAUUUGGUUUGUCCUUUGAUUUCAUGUGUCUCAGAGGCAAAAAUAUCUUUUUAAAUCCAUCUCGGCAAAACCUUUCUCCCUCCCUGCACUCCUGUUAGCUCUUGUAUGGUUACCCUAUUGAACCCUGCAUGCAAAAGUGUGAAGUUGAGCAUUUUCGAACUUCAGUGCAGAGUGUAAUAAAAAUAGAGGGCCAGGUGCUGCUCUCUUUCUUACAAAAAAGUCUGAUUGAUGUCAAGGGCUCCUUGCAUGAGUAUGACAAGCAGGCUUCCAC